GACUCAGUGUUGUAUACAGGGCUAGUGUAGUGCUGGGUGUGGAGCGGUCAGUGUGCUGUGGACUCAGUGUUGAAGAUGUUGCUGACUUUCUAUCUUCUCUUCAUUGGGCUGUGUGUUACUCAAGGCUGCACUCUGGUGGAAAUGAGUGAAACAUUGCCUAUGAUAGGACAUACAGGAGGGUCAGUACUGCUGCCCUGCUACUGCACUGACCUACACACAGGACCUGGGACAUUCAGCUGGAAUCACCACACAAACAAAGGCACAUGGGAAAACAUACUCAGUGAGAGUGGUCAGUACAGAGACAGAGUUCAGCUGGUUAAUGGUCACUCUCCAGGAAAUCUCUCUCUAUUCAUAUCACCCCUGACUGAAGAGGAUAGAGGAGAUUACCAGUGUCUUGUUCAAGGGAGUGGAUACAUCUAUUUUAAACUCACUGUUAAAGGUUCCACACAUACAGAUUCUCCCACUACCUCAACUCCCAGCGUGCAUUUCUUCAUCUUUAUUCCUGUUGUUUUCCUCUUGUUGGGACUUGGAGGAAUCAUCUUAUGGAAAUACAGAGGACAGAGACAAGGCCAGAUAGAGAGAGGAGAACAAAGAGGGACGAAGAGAGAGCAGGAGACAGAGGAUGAUGUGACAUACUUUACUGUAGCCCACAGUAACACAACCAGCUUACCCACAAUCCCCGACGCUGGAGAUAAGACGGAAUAUGCCACCAUCAGAGUCAACUAACAACACCUCCACCCUCCCCCACCACCAUGUGUGGAGAUUUUUUCUUCAUUGACUUUUUUCUUUUUUUUUUGCUUUUUUGAUGGAGUUUAUUGGAAUAUGAUUUUAAUGAAAUGUGUACAAACAAAACAGAAAUAUAGUAAAUAAAUGAAUGUCUCAGCUGUAAAUUAAAGUCUUUAUUUUUUAUCUUCAGUAUUAUCAUGAACGUAUUGAGUUGGUAAAUUGCCCCCAGGUGUGAGUGCGUGAGUGAAUGUGUGUGUCUGUCUGUCUGCCCUGCGUUGAACUGGCGACCUGUGC